CUGGCAAACGCGUCUGUUUUCCAACGUAUUUCUAAACCGUCAAACAUAGCAGGGGCCUCUGUCAUUUUCCCCAAAGAUUUUGUUGUUUUAUCAUUAAUAAGUGGAUCAGGAGUCUCGUGAAUAAUCCGAUAGCCGUGAGAGAAGCUCGGGAAUAAUGAAGCCAUCCCGUCCGAAGCCCCCGCUGUCCGCGCGCAAGCCAACGCGCCCCCGCUUCCAGCAGCCCCUCUCAAAGGACCCAGUGCAGGUCUACUGCCGGGUGCGCCCCAUGCAGAGCCCCACCGACACCUCCUGCAUGAAGGUGAUCUCCCCAACCACAAUUCUCAUAACGCCCCCCGAGUCCUCCACGAACUUCCGUGCCACCACCAAAGAAAUCCAGACAACCUUCACGAAGGUGUUCACCCCCGACGUCCCCCAAGGCGAAAUCUUCAGCUGCGUGGCGCUCCCCCUCGUCGAAAACCUCAUCAACUCUAAGAACUCCCUCCUCUUCACCUACGGUGUAACGGGCUCGGGGAAGACCUUCACCAUGACCGGAGAGCCCCAAAACUCCGGGAUAAUGCCCCGUUGCCUAGACGUUCUCUUCAACAGCAUCUCGUCGUACCAAGCCAAGAAAUUCGUCUUCAAACCGGACCCUUUCAACUCCUUCGAGGUCCAAAGUGACACAGACGCAAUGUUAGACCGACAAUCAGAGCUGCACGCGGGUCUGACGACCCCCAGACCCCAGAAGACAAAGUACAGACGUCAGGACAGUGACACAGACAGCAAUCCCCCAUUGCCCCGAUCACCAGACGAGUCGCAAUCGCUGCCUGUCGACGAAGACAGUGUCUACGCUGUCUUCAUAACGUACGUGGAGAUCUACAACAACUCUGUGUACGAUCUCCUGGACGAGGAGGAGCCAAAAGGCAAGACCCUCCAGUCGAAAAUCCUGAGAGAGGAUGGCAACAAGAACAUGUACGUUCACAUGGUGACGCAGAUCGAAGUCAAGAGUUCUGAGGAAGCCUUCGAGGCCUUCAGGAGGGGCCAGAGGAAGCGAAGAGUGGCUCACACAGCUUUGAAUGCCGAGUCCUCGAGGUCGCACUCGGUUUUCACCAUCAGAUUGGUGCAGGGGCCGUUGGACAGUCAAGGGGAAAAUGUUGUUGAUGACAAGAGAUUGAUAGCCAUCUCUCAGCUGUCUCUGGUGGAUCUCGCGGGCUCGGAGAGAACCAACAGAACGAAGAACACUGGACAACGUCUGAGGGAGGCCGGCAACAUCAACAAUUCCUUGAUGACCCUGAGGUCGUGCUUGGAGAUAUUGAGGGAGAAUCAGACCACCGGCAGCAAUAAGAUUGUGCCUUACAGGGACUCGAAGCUUACACAUCUAUUCAAGAACUACUUCGAUGGAGAGGGCAGGGUCAGGAUGAUUGUCUGCGUCAAUCCGAGGGCUGACGACUACGACGAGACCAUUCAGGUGAUGAAGUUUGCGGAGAUGACGCAGGAGGUGCAGGUCGCUCGUCCCAUCGUUCCGAAGAUCGAUCUUGGGUUUACGCCAGGGAGAAGACAAGCUAACAAGAUAUUUAAGGAAGCUAGGAGUCGGCUGGAGGCCAUGGGGAGGCCUGAGGCUGCUGAUCUUGAUCUUGACCUGGGGCUUGUCUACUCAUUGGGAGGAGCCUUCCCUCCGAUGGAUGUCAACAAUCCCCAUCAUGACGAGGUCAUCACGACUCUGAUGAGAUUCUUGGAGCACAGGAUUGCCAGGAGGAACCUGUUGAGGUCCGAUCUGGAGACUAAACAGAAUGACUUCAGAAAGAUGCUGCAUAACAUUGAGCAGGAGAACAUGACGUUCAAAGUGGAGAAUGCCUCGUUGAAGGCAGCCAAUUCCCAGCAGAAGAAGAAGCUCAGUACUCUGGAGGAUCAUGUCUGCAAGACGGAGACGCAGAUUGACAGUCUUCUGAGGAAGCUCAACGCUGCUAAUGAGACCAUUCAGAAGCUGCAGGUGGAGUUGAGGGACAAGGACUUUUGUCUCAACCAGAGGUUGAUUGAGAAGCAGAAGGUCAAGCAGAGGUUCAAUACGAAGAUGCAGCAGGAGACUGACAAGAUGAAUAAAGAGCUUGAGAUGAAGCUGAGGCAGCAGAGGAUGAGGAUGCAGAGCCAGACCAAAGCUACGGAGGACAGGCUGAGGCUUGUGAAGAAGAUCCUGGACGACGACGGGAAUAUCAUCAUUCCGGUUGAGAAGGAGAGGGUCGAGGAGAGGAUUCCUGAGACUGUGUCGGGGAAGAUUGCUGCUGCUGACGGCAGGUCCAGAAGGGACAAGGUUCCUGUGGCCAAUUUGAGACACAGGAGGAGUCAGAGUGCUGAUCGCUGGGUUGAUCACAGACCCGGGGCUUUGGUUCCCAUUGGGACUGUUCUCCAGCCAUUGAUGAGGAGGAGGAGGAGCGUCACCAAGCUGACGGACCCCAAGGAGAUCACUGAUGGGGCAUCCAGGUACUGUCUCAUUGCUCAGGAACAGGACACUGAUGGGGAACUGGAGACCAAGCUUUACAAGGGGGACAUUGUGCCCACCAGUGGGGGAGGCGCACAGGUCGUGUUUAAUGACGUUGAGUGCCUUAAGCAGAUGUCUCCGACUGCCAGGAGGAAGAGGAGUGGCGGCAAUGAGGAGGAGGGGACCAGCGAGGAGAAUGCCGAGAGCAAGAGACCUAGAGUCUUUAACUAGUUUUAUGCUGUUUGAGUGGGGAGAUUGGGAAUUUGCCUCGAGAUGACUCCAAAUUUUUGGGAAUGUCCAGUUUUUUUGAAUUAUUAAGGUAGGAAGAGGCACUUUCACAGCGAAAUGGGAAAAAGGGUCAAGUCGAUUUUCGCUGUGCCUCAGUUUUUUACGAGUGUCUCGGAAUCUAAGGCAGAUGGCAAAAUUUUGUUAUUACGUUUUCUGUUGAACGAACUGGGAGCUACAAAAAAGGUAUUAACGAAAAUUUCGCCAUCUUCCUUAGAUUCGGAGAUAUUCCUCGAAAACCCAGAUGAGAGCAAAGUCGACUUAAAUGGUGUGCCUGGGAGGAGUCCCUCUGUAAUAAACGUAACUAUCUUAUAUUAACGAUGUAUUUAAGGGAAACUUGAUUGACAUGUGCUUAGAAAAUUACAUGGUUUGAAUACUCUUUGUAAUAGUAUUUACAAAAAUAAAUUAAUCACUAUUUAA